UCUCGGUGUAUGACAUUCAUCCUGGUGACACUCAAGUAGCACACUGCUGAAGGACAGCCAGGGCACAUCUAUAUUUGUGCCAUUGCUCAUUGCUGGUAUGCCCCUAUCUGAGCAAAGAGGCAGGGUAGGGUUACCGCAAUAAGUCUUCCAACUGCAGUUAUAGGAAAGUGGGAAGGAAUUGCUUUCAUGUGAAUUAAUUUUUACUAGGGGGAAUAGAAGUUAACUUUGAUACCAUCUGAGCUAUCAGAAGAAUUUAUGGCGUCUUAAGAUAGAAGGCAAGUUUUUAGCUUGAGACUCAUCAUCUCAAAAGCUUCCCUGAGGAUACCGAUGUCAUCCAGAUCUGGCAGCACAAGAGGCUAUGAGACUAGCGGCCAGUCACACGAACAUUCAGCUUCCCCACCAGUCCCAGAGACUGGUGACACUGAGAUUGAAGGUUUGAUAUUUUAUCAUAUGGAUCUUUAUGGAUCAAAGGAGAGGUUUGAUAUCUUUCCUGAAGAGCUCUCUGGUCGAGGAGACAGAUCUCUGGGGGAUAUGAGAAGGGAAUCUGCAUUGAGUAGUGAAAAAGUUCAGCAUCCACAAGAAGUUGGCUAUGACUUGGAAAAGGAGGUUGCAGAGUUGGCUAAGAUGUAUGGACUUGAUGAGGAUAGAGAAAAAGAGCUUGAGCUUCUUGGAGGACAUCUGGAGAAGGUAGAGAGCAGAUGGCCACCUGCUCGCACAGAAAAAGCAGGAUCACAAGACUCCAUAUUUAAUACAUCAAAAAGCAGCUCUUCAGUGAAAAAUCCAAGUCAAAGCACAAAGCAACAAGGACUUCCUGAUGAGGCUUCUCAAGGUGAAAAUCAGAGCAAAGCCAGAGCAGAUGAUGAGGCUGAAAGCAACAUAUGGUCCAGAGAGGGGUUAAGCAGUGGUGGCAUGUCAGAUGAGUGGAAUAGUCAGGCUGUCAGUGAGGAGGAGGAGGAAGAGGAAGAAGCAGCAGAUGUUUUUUGUUCUACCUGCAAGAUACCAAUCCGAGCUUUUGACAAACUAUUUGGUGAACACAAGGAUCACGAGGUUGCUCAGCUCCCCAGUGCCCUGGAAAGUGAAAAGGAGGAGAUCCAUAAAAACAUGUGCAAGUUGGAAGAACAGAUUGCUCAGAUGGAAAAUGUUGCCAGCCAUUUGGAGGAAAUCUUCAUCACUGUAGAGGAAAAUUUUGGAAGGCAGGAGCAGAACUUUGAGGUGCAUUACAACGAUGCAGUGCAAGUGCUUGCUCAGAAGUAUGAAGAGCAGCUGGAAGCACUGGGAGAAGAGAAAAGGCAGAAGCUGGAAGCUCUGUAUGAGCAGCUGGUCAAUUGUGGGAAACAUCUUGACAUCUGCAAGGAGCUGACAGAUGAAACCCAGGAGCUUUUCCUGGAAAAUGACAAAGCUGAAUUUAUGAAGGCAGCAGUAACCAUGGUUGACAGACUGGAAGAAUUCUUAAAGAAAGAAGUAGAUUUAGAGCUUUCAACACUGCCAGACUUUGAAGAACGGGUCAUAGAUGUCUCUGAAGUUGAACAACUAAUGAACUCCAUUAAUGCUAUUCCAGCUCCUUGUGCCCCUGUGAUCAAUCCCCAGGCUCCCAAUGCAGCAACUGGCACUUCACUGAGAGUUUGCUGGGGCCUCUUCUCAGAUGACACUGUGGACUGCUACCAGCUGUGCUACAAACCAGUGAGCAAUGAGGGGCACAGUGAUGGGCAAGCAGAGCAUACACUAAAAGUCAAAGAAACAUACUGCACCAUUACUGAUCUGUUGCCAAAUACACAGUAUGAAUUUUGGGUCAGUGCUUUAAAUGCCUCCGGUAUCAGUCCACCAAGUGAAAGAGCAGUUUAUGUAACAGCUCCUUCACCACCUACCAUAAAGAAUAAAAAGAUCCGAAGCUGUGAAAAUGCAGCACUGGUGUGCUGGGAAUCCAGAGACAUUAAUCCUGUUGAUUCCUACACGGUUGAAUUGUCCAAGCUGACAGAUGAAGAAAAUGAUGAUAUUAUUACUGAAUCUAUUGUUGGGAUCCCUAACUGUGAAGUCCUAAUUCACCUCCAGCCAACACAGAAGUAUUACAUCUGUGUCAGAGCCCAAAACCUGGGUGGCUCCAGUGAAAGAAGUGAACCUGUCCUGAUACACACCACAGGCACCUGCUUCUACCUUAAUGAGGACACAGCCCAUCCUUUACUGGCAAUUCUAGAUGAUGGAUUUACCAUUUCAUGUGAUGAACUGGAAAACCCAGAGUGUGAUCUGCCUGUCUAUGAUAACAGCUUUACAAGAUGUAUUGCAAUCCUUGGCAGUCUGAUCCCAUUUCCAGGAAAGCAUUACUGGGAGGUGGAAGUGGAGGAAGAUACAGAGUACAGAACUGGUGUGGCCUUUGAGAAUACUCCGAGACAUGGUCACCUGGGGGCAAACAACUCAUCCUGGUGCAUGAGGCACAUCAUCACACCCUCAAGGCACAAGUAUGAAUUCCUGCACAGCGGGAUGACACCUGACAUCAGAAUUACUAUUCCCCCCAGAAGGAUUGGCAUCCUGCUGGACUAUGAGAACUGCAGACUGUCAUUUUUCAAUGCAGAUAUUGCCCAGCACCUUCACACAUUCAACUCACACUUCCAGCAUUAUGUCCACCCUUGCUUUGCACUGGAAACACCUGGUAUCUUAAGGAUACAUACUGGAAUUACAACACCCCCAUGGACUGCCCUGCCAUAACCUGUGUUCUGCAGCUUCCACACCUAUGUGUAACCUGCCCUGAGCAAUGCCCUCUUUCAGCAUUAACUGCUUCAGCAUACCCCCUAUAAAACAGCUGUUUCCCUCUAGUAAAAGCAAAGCAAACCUGACCCAAACCAGCUGCCAAGCCUGAGCCCUUAGGAGGUCACAUCCUCUUGGGAAGGAUCUUAGAAAAAAGCCACUGUGGUCACAAGAUCCAUCCCAGAAUUCUCGUUAGAAACUGGUACCAUCCUUCUCAGAGGUGAUGCUGUUACCACAUGGCAGUGGCAGCUGGAUCACAGGCUCCCCCAACACCCACCUAAAGCCGAAGGAACUCCCCAGUUCCAAAGCAGUCAUCAAUUCUACUCCUGAGUCUACUCAAAGGAAAACAAAAAUAGCAAAA